AUGAACGUAACAGCCUUGUCUCCAAACUUUCACAUCUUCACCAGAUUCGGUGUUUGGCUGCCGCCCGAAUGGCCGUCCGGUUGGAGAAGAAUAUUAUACAAGACCUACGCAUGUUUCGUGACAGUCAUGCUCUAUUCAAUGUUCAGCUUCCAAUUUAUCGGAGUAUUUGGAUCAAUUGGAAAUAUCAACGAGCUUGUCGAGUCGAUCUACACGUCCGCUACAGUCUUCAAUUUGGGCUGCAAGAUUUUCAAUCUGUUGGAAAAACGUAGAGAUAUUGUGAAACUGCUGGGAUUGUUGGAAGCCGACAUCUGUCAGAUCAAGAGUCAAGCUGAGAAGGAGAUACAGGAGAAGUGCAAUCGACGAAUUUGGAACCGUACGAAAUUCCUUUGUCUGUUUUUCGAGACCACGUGUGUUACCAUGGUUUUAACGUCGACAGUGAAGCAUAUUCCGGAGCGUUCGCUACCGCUCAAAGCGUGGCUUCCAUUCAACUAUGCUGAUGGCUACACUUAUUGGCCCGUUUACAUGCAUCAAGUCAUAGGCUUGGUCUACGUUGGGAUGAUCCAUGCCUCUUACGACACUUUCAUUGUUGGUGUCAUGCUCACUCUGUGCAGCCAGCUGAAGAUCCUUCAGUACAGGAAUUCUGAGAUGUCUCUCUUGAACGUGAGAGUGACGACAGUUGCUGUUGUUGAUCAGAAAAUGUUGGAGAAGGAGUUUGUUACUAAUUCUAUAAGGCACCAUCAGCUGCUGCAACAGUUUGCCGAAUCUUUCAACAAUAUUAUAAUAUAUGUGAUAUUUGUUCAGUAUUCGGUGAGCUCGUUCGUAAUAUGCGUGACUGCCUACAAAUUAGUUAAUUUGGAAUUUGAUAAUCCGGAGAUUAUCUUCACGAUUUUGUACUGCACAAGCAUGAUUACACAGACGUUUUUCUACUGCUGGUACGGUAAUGAAGUUAUCUUGGAGAGCGCCAAUAUCGGUAACUCUCUGUACACAUCGAGAUGGUAUUCCCUGAAUGCGGGAACUGUGCGAGAUGUCACGAUGGUAAUUCACAGGAUGCAGCAUUCCAUGAAAUUCUCCUGCAGUCCUUUGUUCAUCCUCUCUGUUGACUCCUUAAAAAAUAUUAUGAAGGUGACGUACAGCACAUUCAGCGUUCUAAUAAAAUCGUAA